AUGAACACACUCUUUAUAGGAAACUUAUCUUACCUAACGCAGGAGAAUCGUCUUCGCGAGCUCUGUGAGAAAUACGGACCGAUCGAGAGUCUGGUGAUCGUAAAGGACCACGAUGGCAAAUCUCGCGGAUACGCCUUCGUGGAAUACACCUACUCCAACGACAUGACGACAGCCUACAAGAGGCUGCGUCGCCACCCACUGGACGAGAGAAAGCUGAUCGUGGAUGUGGAGCGCGGACGCACGGUGCGGAAAUGGCUGCCUGCUCGAUUGGGAGGUGGAUUGGGAAAAACGCGCGCGACGCGUCCAAAGAAGGCGAAGCGAGACAGAAGAGACGAUGAUAGGAGAGAUUAUUAUUAUCAUUCGAGUGACUAUCGAAGCAGACGAGACGAUCGACGAAGCGAUUAUCGUGAUAGAAGAGAUGAUCAUAGAAGAAGCAGACGUGAUUGGCAUGUUUGUUGAGUAAACAGAAGGCAAUGGAGAUUGAAUCGUAUGCAGUGUUAUGGCGAGCUAAAAUGUGCAUUUCCAUGUUUAUAGAAAUUAGGAUGGGAAUGAGAAAUGAAAAGAGUUUUAUGAUAACACCAAGCUCUAUGAAAAAAAAUAAACAAAAAAGCUCCCAUGCCGGGACUCGAACCCGGGUCGGCGAGGUGAAAACCCGCUAUCCUAACCUGCUAGACUACAUGGGACCUGUUUUCUGUUUCGAAAUACACUACUUAACAUAGCGUCGUGAAAGAAAAAGCACGUUCAAAAUAAAUGAGUGUAAAUAAUCAGUAUUGCAGUGAUUAUAGGAAAAAGGUACAAUUUGAUGUCUGGAUGUUUUGAACUAGAUCGUGGAGAGUGCUCGGAGCUAUAUCAAUAAAAAGAGCAUUGUGGAGUAUCUUGACAAUUUCUAUAUCAAGCCUGAAUCCGAGCAAGGACAACUCGUUCUAAGUGUUCUAAAGGCAAAUAAUUUAUUGUUUGAUGAUCGCUAUUUAUCUACUCCACUCUCAACAAAUCCAGAUUUAAAGUUGUGCUGCUGUGCGUGCAGCGCGCAGCCAUACACACAAUGGAAAUUGAUCGGUGUUACUUGUGACUCUGGGAGUGAAGUCGUCAAGUGUACUCUUCCUUAUGUCCUCUGCGAAGGAUGCUAUCGUAAGCGCUUUUGCGAUCAGAAACAAACACGAUACCUGUGUAACAUCGCCGUUUUCCCCUUAAUGGAGCCUCCCAAGAAGAAGCUGAUUCCUCCAAGUUCGAAUUCAACUACAAUCGUCAUGUAAUCCCAUGUGCCAUAGUAAUUCAAAACCCAUUUCCAGCAGUCUCUAUAUCAACAUUCCGGGCGGCACUCCUGCUUCAACUCCGCUCGGUACGCCCGUCGCUCCAUCUGCAUCUGUGUCUGCGUCCGCGUCUGCGUCUGCGUCUGCGUCUGCUUCUGUUUCUGCUUCUAUUUCUGCUUCUGUUUCUGCCUCCCUUUCGACCUCGACGCCAUCGUAUGUCCCCGUCUCGGUCCCUCUCUCAACUCCCCUCUCCUCCGUCUCGGUCCCUCUCUCGGUCCCUCUGUCCUCCUCCACGUCCGUCCCGCCCCCUUCUCUCUCCUCCACGUCCGUCUCUGCUGUCCCCUCCGUCGCUCAGCCCGCUUCUCUCCCUCCCUCCGUCCUCCCGCAGCCCAUCUCCUACCAGCCUCCUCUCCCCACGAUGGAUACCGGCGUAGACGACGUGCUGGGCGAGACGCGUGUGAGCGAUCCGCACAGCAUUUCCGGAUACUCGCAGCCCGAUCCGUCCACGGAAGCCAUUCUGCAGGAGCUGGAGGAAGAGGAAGCGCUGGAGCUGCAGGACGACGCCAUUUUCAACGGAAAGGCAGCGCAGGGAGAAGCCGAGGCGGAAGAGCAGGGAGAAGGCGAAGGCGAGGGCGAGGGCGAGGGCGAGGCGGAGGAGGGAGCACAGGAGCAGACGGAGGAGAUCACGUUUACGCUGCCGUUCCGCCAAGGAAGCUUCUGGCGAACGUGGCUGAUGUCGUUCUUUGUGGUGGAUCGAUACUCGAUUCGAAUGUACCCCAACGAAAAGCGGAACGAGCGGAAGAUGAAGGAAAUACUCCUGGUGGAUGCGAUGGUGCAGGUAGAGGCGAGAGGGCGCUGUGUCGUAGAGAACGCCGAUCAAUUCCGACGCCAAACAUCCGUAUUGCGUGGCGAUCCGACCCGGCCAGAGCUCGGAUUACACGAAAUCGUUCGUAGUUGCACUGCCUUCGGCCGAAGAAGAAGAAGAAUUCAUUCAAACGAUCCAGAAGUACAUCAAUCUCGCUCAGUCAAACGAAU